UAAAUACGUAGACAUCCAUCCAUCAUUCAGUGGACAACAAAACACUGUCUCAUUCUUUCCUCUCUCUUUCUCUCCUUCUUCUCCAUACUCCAUAUCAUAUCAUAUAAUCCCUCGUUACUCUGCAACCUUUAUUUUUACUCGCUCCAUCAAUCACACAUACUCAAAUUCAACCUCUUUCUUCUUUCCAUAUUCCAGGAAUCCACCUUAGAAUCAACAUAUUAAGUUCCCUCAUUCCACCACAACAACAAACAAAAGAUUUGUGUUGUGUGGACUAUGCAGGAAGUGAUAUUAGUAAUGGGAGAUAAAUAUAGUCUAGGAAGACAGCACAGUGGGAUAUGGAAAUCCUUGAGAGAUGGAGAUUUUGAUGAAGAAGAGGUUUGGGAUGUUCUCAAGAACAGAAGUGAUUAUUCUUCUUCUGGGGUUCGAAAGUUCAAAGAAAAGGAUCAAUCCUCUUCUCUUCAUGUUCCUGCUAGGCCUAGUGCAGCCAGAAUGAUCCCGAGAGCCACCAGCAGUAGCAACAGCAGUGCUAGUUCCUCUAAUGAAGCCAAGGUUCUUCAGCAAUCAGCACCUGUCAACGUUCCUGAUUGGUCUAAGAUUUAUAUGAUUAACCCCCCCAAGAAUAGUGCUUCAAGGUUUGAUGAUUAUGAUGGUGAAGAUGAUGGUGAUGCUGCUGCCAACUAUGGUGGGGAUAGUGACGAGGGUGGUGGAGAUGAGAAUGAUGAGUAUGAUUCAAAGCUUCCUCCACAUGAGUUUAUUGCCAGAAGGCUUGGAAGGAGUCAGAUAUCCUCAUUUUCUGUUCUAGAAGGUGCUGGGAGGACCCUCAAAGGGAGGGAUCUUAGCAAAGUGAGGAAUGUUGUGCUCUCAAAAACUGGUUUCCUUGAAUCACUAUAAAAAGGAGUCUUUUCGGUGGUAGUGUGUACUAGUGUUAGUUCUUUCACAUUUGGGGUGUAUAGUGGGGUUUGUUUGAAGUAAGUGGCUGCUUAGGAAUGGGGAUUGUGUUCAUGCUUGGGGUAUAAGAGAAUUGUUUAGCCAUUUACAAUGGAAACAAUGAAUCAAGUUGGUUGUGGCAAACAUUGCUGAUUUCAAUUUUCUCCUGUUAUAUCAAAUUCAUGGAGUCUGAUUUGUAUUUUUAAGCAUCCAUACAAACAUAAUGGUGGAUGUGAAUCAUAAUUGUAAAGCCAGAUAGCAUUUUGAAGGAUAGAAGUGUUUUUCUUUUCUUCAGUGAGUGUGAUUUUCUGUUAGUUUUUUUUUUUUCCUCUCGCUUUCCCUGUGAACAAGUCCAACUCUCCCAUACUGUCUAGUGAAUAAAGAUUCUGUGAGGUAUAUCCACCUUUGGAUGUGGUGGGAGAAAAGAAGAGAAGGGAGACAAAUAAGAAUUGUGAUGAGUGAAAAGAAUUAAAGGAUACUAAGAAAAAAGAGGUAGAAAAGGAGUUGUAAGAAAACAGGAAUGUAUAAAAUAUCAUCGUUGCUCUAAA